GGCGGCGCUUGGACUGCGCGCACCUCAUACCCCACGGCGCGCUAGUAUUGCAAUACUGGUUGUCCUUUGCGCCUGCCUCGGCGACGCUGCGGGGCCUGGCGCGCGACUUCCACCGGCUGCGGGUGGCGCCGCAAGUACUGGAGCUACGCAAGUGCGUGGCCAAGAGAACAAGGGUGCAUAAGGCCGACGGGCAUCGCAAGGCCGCAAAACGCGUCAGGGAUUCCCAGCCUGCUGCGCCCAAGACCGCCGUCUUACCAAUUCUAAACGAGGAGGGGCGCUUGGUCGGGCCGCCUCUUCGCGUGGCCAACGAAGGGCGCGAAGGAUUCGCCCGGGGUUUGAAAGAGAACCUGGACAUCCACGUGGAGGCCAAUGCCCAAUCUCCCGACAGAGGGGCUCCACUUGCUUUCGGGACGGAUGAUUACAGGCACCACAAAUAUAUGCUGGGCGAGCUUUGGUUGCAACGCUGGGGGGACCAGGCGCCCUGCAAGGGCGCUGCUUGUCCGGAGGCUCGGAUCGACGCUUUGGAGCGCGAGGUUCGGAAUGGGCGGCCUGGCUUUCUGGUGUUCCAAGACGUGAAGCACUUGGAUUUCGACCUCGCGCACCACGCGCCGAAAGCUUCCACGUCUUCCCCAUUGCUGCAUGGGGCGUUCGCAGCCGCUCAGGCCCGCUUCAGCGCGCCUUCGCGGUCUGAUUUCCAGGGCAUUUCAGUUCCAGCGAGGCGCCCUCCGCAGGCUCCCCUGCCAGAGGUUGCGCGCCCAAUUCUGCUGAACGCCGCCACGUUGAGCCACGGGGCGUUCAAGACGUGGAGGGCCACCGAUGGAAAAGCGGCGCACGAGCUGGGAAUUGCGCAUGCGCAGGCUUUCAUUCAGCGCAUCUCCCACGAAUUGUCAACGGAGCUCCACGUUGACGCCAUGCCGUGGCAUUGCAACGACGAGGCUGAAUACCUGGCCGAAGUGGUGAAGGUGAAGGACUGGUUCACGCAGGUAUUGCCCGGCACUCGACGCAACGUCGGCAUCGCUCGCGAGAGAGAAGGCGAGCCGGCAACGCCGAAUCCCGUAGGGGCCCCGCAUCCUUGCGUGACACCUGCCAUUCUGGAAUUAUUCCAGCGACGCGAGGACAAGACUUACUUGCAGGGUUGUGCCAACUGGUCCUACCUGUGUCGGUGCGCCCGCGCGGUGGGCUUGGAGCUGGCGAGCGGAACCACGGACCUAGAUGUUUUGUGCAGCGAGAUCAUCAGUAUUUUCAGGGCUGGUCAGAUCACCAAAGAAAUCGCAAUCAUGGUGGAGACUUUGCGGUGGUUCGAGGAAGCAGAUGCUAAAGAGUUGGCGCGGCUGCGGCAGGGCGACCUCGACGACUUGCGCAAGGCCAUUCCCAGGAAACUUGCGAGGAAGCCGCCGCGCAAGAGGAAGUAG